UGUUCCACGGGGACAACCUCACGCAAAAUCCUUAGAGAUUAGGUCGCCAGAUUCCCUCCGAUCGCACGUCCGACUGAAGACCUGGUUUUGGGACGAUCGCAAACUAUAGUCGAGUAAUUUCGGAUGGGUCACUCCAACACGCUGCGCUGCAGGAUUACAUAAAAAAUCCCCCUGGAAACGUCGCAACAAUGCAUUGGAAGCUGCGGAUCGGCACCUCCGACAGCGAAGCGAAGAGACGGAGCAUGUUGCUGGAACCGCACCCACAAUCCCGCCAUAGUGAACAGAUCCCUCGUCCGAACCUGUCCACGACCGCCCUCCCCCCAAGGCAUUCCGAGUCCGCGCCGCGCUCACCGUCUCUGGCCGGUCCAGAGGAGGGCGAGCACACCGACUAUGUGGCCGACGACAACAAUCACAACCGUCUGACGCAAUCUCGCAGUCGCGCAGAUGACUCCUCAACCCGGUCAAGAUAUCCUGGGAACGCCCUCACGCCGGGGAGCGGCCCGAAUUGGCGGAUGAAUCGUUUCAGUUUCAUGAGGCUUCGUCAUGCGUCGGACCCGCAGUUAUCCAAAUCGUAUGCCAAGGCUGCGAAGGAUAUCCCUCCUGUCCCGUCCUUGCCUCCGCCCCCCACGAUCAUCACCACUGCACCGACCACCUAUGAGCCCGAAGAACCUGUGAAGCGAAAGAAUAAAUUUAAGCUCUUCCCGGACGGGAAAAAGCCGACGGUGGAGGAGAUCCCUGCACAGCAGCCGGGCCUCAACGGAAAGCCCCGACAUGUCGCUCAAGGUUCGAUAGGGUCACAGACCGUGGAUCCCAGCCGACCUGCGUCUCGAGUCAGUGGAGAGGAACCGGGUCGUCUGUCGACCACGUCCAUACGGAGCAGUGGCCGUGAACAGCCUAACGAUUCCCACCGCUCUUCUGCAACGGACGUGCGGUUCUCCGAAUCCUCGCGUUCUGACCAGGAUCACCCUGACCAUGGGGCCUCCCGUGGGCUUCCUUCGAGCGAAGGGUCAAUCACCAGUGCGAAGAGAUUUCGGAUGCCGCGUUUAAAGCGAAACAAGGCUCCCCUUUUCCCACUCCCCCCUAAGCCGACUGGGUCGCAGUCGCUCAAUGGGCGUACGCCCAAGACCGUCCACGGCCGUUCCAUUCAACGAUCCGACGUCUCAGAUGAUCAAGACCAAGAUCAUGUUUCCCCGCUGCCGUCGCCAUCACGUUCCACAGGCGUUUCCUCUCCCCGCCCUCCCCUCCUGCGAAAGGAUUCAGCAAACUCAGCCCAUUCGAGUCACUCGACACCCUCCAUUCGCCAGCGUCGACCUCCCACGUCGCGAGCUCGAUCGUCUACAUUGGAUUCUUUGGCCAAUAUCCGAGAUAGCGAGCAACAGCCAUCGCCUCAUCUCACCUCAUCAGGGCGAACGUCCACUUCGACAAGCGGACGCAAGAGCUUUGGCGACCUCUUCAACAUCCCGCAGCGGUUGAGACAAAAUUCGGAACCACCGUUUCCCAGAAGCGGGUCCCCCGCUGCCCGAGGGACAGAGACUCCGGUUUCCAAAGGGCCAUCGUAUCCGGAACGACAGGAGAGUGACACGCCCGCCUCUUAUCUGGAGAGACUGGAGGCAACGGUCCCGAAGAGUGUUAUCGCCAGCGUGCUCUCCCAGUCGAAUGAUGAAUUCUACAAAACCGCUCUGCGGAAGUACAUGCGGGGAUUCUCUUUCUUUGGGGACCCCAUUGAUAUGGCUGUCAGGAAACUGUUGAUGGAAGUGGAAUUGCCCAAAGAAACCCAGCAGAUCGAUCGCUUCAUUCAGAGCUUUGCUGAUAGAUACCACGAAUGUAACCCCGGUAUCUUCGCCAGCACAGACCAGGCUUACUUUAUUGCAUUUUCGAUCCUGAUCUUGCACACUGAUGUCUUCAACAAGAAUAACAAGCGCAAGAUGCAAAAGCCGGACUAUGUCAAGAAUUGCCGCGGGGAAGGAAUCGCCGAGGAUAUCUUGGAGUGCUUCUAUGAGAACAUCUCGUAUACCCCCUUCAUUCACAUCGAGGAUAAUAAUCCAAACGGGCGUCAGAUCGCCAAGCCGCGACGAACUCUGUUCAAGACCGCUAGCUCAGACCAUCUGGGUCGUUCCUCCAAAGAGCCGGUGGAUCCCUAUACUUUGAUCAUGGAUGGCAAGCUUGACUCUCUACGACCAAGCCUGAAGGAUGUUAUGAACUUGGAAGACCCGUACCGCUGCGAUGGAACCGAAGGUCCGCCCGAUAUUGAAUGCCUUCAUCGGGCAUUUUCCAAAGCAGCUAUUCUGCAGAUAAUCUCACUUCGCUCACGGCCCGAUGCAUUCAUGCCGGCUAGUAUGGAAAAUCCGGUGGAUUCUAGUCCAGGUCUGGUGGAUAUCAAAGUGGCCAAGGUGGGGUUACUGUGGCGCAAGGACCCCAAGAAGAAGAAGGCAAGAUCCCCAUGGCAAGAAUGGGGUGCCCUCCUCACAUUUUCGAAGCUGUAUUUCUUCCGGGAUGUGAACUGGGUGAAGUCGCUCAUGCACCAGCAUGAAUCCCACCAGAAGGAAGCUCGCCGUGGAGCUGUCACUUUCAAACCGCCUCUGACGGACUUCAAACCUGACGGCAUUAUGCCAACCGAGGACGCAGUGGCGCUGAUAGAUUCUGGUUACAAGAAGCACAAGCAUGCUUUUGUCUUCGUUCGCCACAACGCCAUGGAGGAGGUCUUCCUGGCCAACAGUGAAUCCGACAUGAAUGACUGGUUGGCGAAGCUGAAUUAUGCCUCCGCCUUUCGGACAACUGGCGUUCGGAGCAAAGGCAUGAUGGCCACAAACUACGACGCGCAGCGGAAUCGGAUGAGCCGCAGGGGCUCUACCGACUCUUCCGCGGACAAAGAGCCACCUUCCCCAAAUCCUGAGACGGAGGUGGGUGAAGACAUAAUUGUCGUGAGAAGUGAGAUUUUGCGCCAAAAGAUCCGGGAGGCGAACGAAAAGCUCUUCGUGAGCCAGCGGCAACUGGAUGAUCUGCUGAGAAGCGCUAGACAUCUGCAGGUUCUAACUCCGGUGCACUCCAGGGCGCGAGAGAACGUGAUUCUGGCGGCGGGACGGAUGGCCGCGAAGCUCAAAUGGGUGAGGCAGGAUCUCUGGCGUACCAGGUGCUACCGUGAGGUUCUCGUCCGAGAGCUGGGUGAAGGAGACAGCGAGGCGCAACCUCCAGCCGACCCGAAGCGUUUGCAGUUACAGAUCCCAAAUGCAGACGGCGCCUCCGUGCAAGAACCACAGGAAGAAAGUGUGGCUGAAAAGGUGAUAUCUCCGAUCAUAGAGGUUUCGCCGCACCCCGAAUCCAUCAAGCCGCCCUCUAUCAACCAGCCACCGUCAUCACAGCCUGCUGCAGAUGAUGUCCGAAGACCCAGCAUCCCCGCGUCCUUCGCCUCGUUCGAGGUCGCUUCUCGCGCCGGAAGACGGCUCUCCAUCGACGACCUGAAAGAACGCACGAAGUCAGCUUCUCCCGCCCCCACGAACCGAUUGACUCGAGAAGCAUCCGUGCUCAGCGCUAGUAGUCGACUGGAGGUCUCCAGCUUGGGCUCCCGUGCUUCCAAGAUCACGGCUCCCGGAAGCUUCGACGAGGGCGAAGAUCGAAUCCUUCGCGAGGCUGGCUUGCUUGACGCAAGCACCUCGCCCCAGUCCAAGAGACAAUCUCUUGUCAUCAUGGACGGCGAAAUCGAUCAGAAGCCUUCAGACUCACAAGAAACGUCUCAGAUGGAUCGCACGAGCCGGAUCCGCCGCAGCCUCCACCGGACUCUCCGUGACUCCCCUGGCGUGCCCCAUGUGCACUAUCCUCGUAGCAAGAAGUCCCGCGAGUCGGCACCCGGUGGGACGGAGCAAGAUGAUACUCCUGGACCCCUGGAAGGCGGAGGGCUGUCACGCAAAUCAGCCAGCUUCACGGUCCACGGCAAGAAGGCCUCGAUCGUCACGUUCGGCAGCGAAUGGCAGAACAUGCCGCCCGAAGAGCGCCUCAAGCUCCGCAAGCCCACCCCGUCCGACGAGCCCAGAGCUUCUGACCCAAGCAUUGCCAGUGCUGCCAACUCCAUCAUUUCGGAGCCCUUGCACCCGGGUCACCCGCACUCUCUGCGCAGCGUGAGCCCCGGCGCCCGGAAUAGCGUCCACUUCCCCGAGGAGUCCGGCGACUUCAACGACAUCCCGCGCAGAGUCUACAGCGGAGUACGGAAAGUGAAGAGCGACGACGCCAUAGACACCAGCUCUAAAUUCACCGAAAGCUCAUUCGUCACGGCCUUCCAGGAUCCUUCCACGACGACUGUGACCGAAGACCGACUGUCCUCCACCACGGCCGGCAGCAACGAGACCACACCACAGAAACUUUCCCCCAGCCCUCCCGAACAGGCUGUGAAUGCAUGAGAAGAAGAAAAGAAGAAUACGCACAUUACUUACUACUGCAAGAAAAAUAAUCCAACCUCUCACCCUCAUCAUGCCCACGUCGGGUUCCCUCUAUCCCUUCCUGCUUACCUCCUUUUUUCUCUCUCUCUCUCUGACGACUUAAACUUUAUACCCCUCUAUCUACUUUCAUUUCAUCUUGUCCUUCUCUACCAUCUCGUAUUACUACCACUACCUACUAUUAUAUUUA